CCUCAAUAGCUGAAUGUUCAUGUUUACAGUCACGUACGCAUCUAAUAUAUUCAAUAAUAAUUGACCGCGUGUUAUGACCUGGGAAUAGUUGAUUUGUUUGUUAUUUUUUAAUACUUUCUUUAUUGCUUCUGUUUACUAAUGAGUUCAUCGUCAAUGGCUUCAUUCAGCUAAUAUUACCUUCAUAUUUGAUAAUCAAUGUUACAGUUUGUUUUGUUGACACUUGCAAUGUAGUGUUUUUACUCUACUCUUUGUUAACUCUAUAAUAUACUCAACAUGGCAUUGAGUAAGCCUUCACCGGUUUUAAUGGUAAUAAGCUCUAAAAAAGAUGAAGAAUAUAUUGAAUGGCUUGAAAAUCAAUGGUCUUUCCUGUUUCAAAAAAUUAUUGGAAUGCAAAGAUUGUUUCGCUAUAGAAGACAACUGAAUUUAAUUGCGCCCUUAUCAUACUAUAUAUUGACCACGUUAUCAGGAUUACAAACCUUAGGCGAAGAGUACACUUCUCUCAUUCAAAUUGAUGGCUCCAAUAAAAUUGGUUUUAAAAUUCCUUCUAAAUUGCGUCGAACAAUUAUGGUUGGUGUUAAUUGCAUAUAUCCAUUGAUUACCAGUAUAAUCAUUCCAAGAUUGAUGAGAAACUCUGAAGAAUGGGAGAAAGAUUCAGUUUUAUUUAUUUUGGAGAAAUUACAACACAUCAAUUUGAUACUCUUUUACAUUUUUGGAAGUUUUUACCAUUUUUCCAAGAGAAUCUCUAACGUUAAAUACGCUACUUAUACUAGACUGACUGAUGAUUAUCGAAAGUUUUACCGCUUAUUAGGAUUGCUGUCAACUCUUGAAUUUGGCUUGUCAAUGAUGAUCGCUUACAGAAUCAAAAAAUAUGAAAAGGAAAAGGCUCAACAACAAAGUACUGAAUCAACGGAGGUAUCUGUUGCUGGUCCUAGGUGCACACUUUGCUGGUCAUCCAGAAAAGAUACAACUUCUACACCUUGUGGUCAUCUUUUUUGUUGGACUUGUAUUUGUCAAUGGAUUUCUAUCAAGAAAUUCUGUCCUAUUUGUCGUACUCAAAUUGAUGGUGGUCAAAAACUGAUUUACAUAAACAAUUGAUACUGUCAUUAACCUUUUCUCGAGUUGGGUUGCCGAGUAAAUAUUGUGAAUAAUUUAUAUGUUUGGGGCUUAAAGAAUCAUUGUGCAUUUAUAGAUUUAAUUUAUUUUGUUUUUGUGCCUUAUUCGGUGAUUAAACUGAUUUUUAGCAUUUGUUUAAUGUUAUAAUGUAAUGAAAAAUAUUUUGGGCUUACUUUUUCAAAAUAAAUGGAUACAUUUCAACUGAA